AUGAGGCCGAUCCGUUUGUUUCCGAUCUUCGUCGUCCUGCUUCUUUUUUAUGAUGAAAUACUUGCGAAACCAAAAGUAAAAAGUCUUCUAACUGGAAUUGGGCGCUCGAAAACAUUUCCAGGUUCAAAGUCAAAACAUCGAUAUUCUGGAAGUUCAGGCAUUUUUUCACGUCGAAGCGGACUGUCCAAUUCUCAGAAAAAAGCAUUGUUCUUUGCAGGUGGCACCUUGGCUGGUAUUUAUAUUGGCUCACGAAUGAGAUCACAUGUUCGCCUAAAUUCAUAUCGUGAUUUGUACAAUUAUGAAGUUUGUGAAGGUCAACGCACAGAGUUCAUCAAUGCUACAGGAAUGACAAAAACAUAUUCUUAUUUCCUAUGUCCUGAUAAUCCAAACAAACCAUUUGAAAAGUAUUGUUGCCGUGAUCCACUAACCCUUAUGGGUGCAUGCUGUUUAAAAGAUGAAGAUCAUCAGUAUUUACAUUCUGGCAGUGGGGUGCGAGCGGGCAUAAUAUUUGGGGUUAUGUUACUGGUUAUAAUAUCCGUCGCGAUUAUGAUAUAUUGUUGUAAAUAUCGUAGGAGAUCAGCAUCAGUGAAUGUUCCAAUGCCACAAUUUAUACCACCUCUAGAUCCAAUGUACAAACCGUAUCAACUUCCUGUGAUCGAUCCAACUUCAUCUACACCAGCUGGUUAUCUCGUUCUUCCGUAUCCUCCCAAUGGACAAUCUGUUGGUUAUCCACAGAAUUUUGAUGUCCCUUUUACGCCUGCACAAUCAACGAUGCCAACAAACACGACUGAACAGAUUGGAUCUGGUUGGGGAGUAGAUGCUAAUCUGUCCAUUCCAGCGCAUCGACCAGAUUUCCCACCCCCUCCGUAUCCAGGCUCUCCAACUUCAAAUGCUGAAGAAGUUGACGCCAGUGCUCCAAGUUCAGCAUGGAUGAAGAAGAGUUGA